AGGAGGAGCAGCGUGGGUUUGCAUGGCUGCCAAAACGUCUUACAAAAGUAUCUUUCCUCUCUGAAAACUUUGCCCUUAUCUGCUGCUUUGCUUGCUAGCAAAAUAGCUCUUUAUGGAGUGAAGGUGUUAACGUGCUUCUUCAUAAGCAUACUGUUUCCUCAGCAGAUGUGGAGUUACGAGAUCUUCCCUUUCAGCUGAGCAGUCAUGCUCGUGUUUAGCUGUACAGUGAUCUGACCUUUGUAUGCUUUCUAAACGUGAUCUGGCUCUUGUUGAAUUCUGGCAGAAGUGAAGGAGCUUGAGCUUAAAAAAAACCCACUUUCUAAGAAGUGAAAAUAGACACUUCACGGAGUAAGAUGCAUUUGAAGAUCAUCACCUUGUGGGAAUUUACUGUAGCAGAUAUUAAUUAGCUUGGUCCAUGCCAUUCACUGGGCAAACUCAGUAGCGUGGGUUUGUGUUUUCCCUUUUUGGCAAUAUUGAGAGAGAGUAGAGGAAACAGAGGUUUGUUGAGUAGUGGAGUUUGAAGAGCAGUGGGUGGUUUGGGGUUUUUUUGCGGGGACAUGGAAGCUUUUAAACUGCAGGCUUUAAGUCAUAGUGUAACUUGAGUUGUUCAUAACCAAAGAGAAAAUGGAAUGGAACUAUCCAGUUAAAUACAAAUAUAGCUAUAACUCUGUGAACAUUGUGUUUCCCACUCUUCAUUUGUAUUUUGUCCAUCAAGCCUGUUUACUUCUUAAGGCAAGAUUAAGGAUUAUACAGCGCUUAGUUUGGCCAUGAUGACACAUCUAAAAAACACAACCGCAGUGGUAUCUUGUGAGCAAGAACUGAGAUGAAGUGUGCAGGAAUGAACAUCGUGAUGCUCAGUUUUAAUGGGAAAAUAUCUGGAAAGAAGUGAUAUUUGUUUUCCUUCAUGCAAGAUUUUGUUAUUACAAUGUAAUGUUCCAUGACAAUUCAAGGGUUCUGAUGUCUGCAGCUGUACAUUCUUUUCAUCUUAGCUAUAAGAGAACACAAAUAUCUCUGCUUUGAGAGUACACGGCUUUAAUUCAGUUUAAUUCAGAUGCGCUUGUGCAAAACCAGUUGUGUGGGAACUGGGUUGAAGGUUUCUUUCUCAGUUAAAAUGCUGCUAUAAGUAUGUGAAAAUCUUCUUUGUCAGUUGAAUUUCUUGACUGCAAAUAGCGCUUUAUCAAUAAAGCAAAACCUGUGCAGCCUGUGAUUUGUAAAAAGAAGCUGUUGAAAGAAAGCUCGUGUUCCCCAGAAGUCAUCUGACUUUGAGUGUAGCUCUUCUGAGUUCAAGUUAAGACUGAUCUAUAUUUGUGUCUCAUUGUCACAUGGCAAAAGGUUUUGGUUCUCUGAGGAUGAAAUUGGAGUUUUCGCUGCUUGAAUGGCUGUUGAGUUGGGUUUGAGAUCCAAAGGUGUAGUUUCUUCAUUAAGAAAUAGUUGCAGGAUAAGUGGAAUUAUGAAUCCCUUCCUUAUUUAGGGAUUCAAAGGUACCAAAUGUUUGCUACAAACAGCAGCAUUAGCAACAGCAGUUGCUGGUGUAGUACUGAUUGCAAGGUCACUUCCAUGUUGCUACAACUGGUGACAUUCAGACAGUUAACACCGUGUUUUGGACUUCUGCUAUGGGACAGGCUUGGUUUGGUUUGGUUUUCCCCUUCUCUCCUGUCCCCUCCAUGAAAACAAGCAAGUGUGAACCUUAUUCUGUGCUUAUGUUUAUCUCUGAAGUCCCUGUUGGAGUCUGCUGCACUAAGUAGUCUUUUAGGCAGUUCUGCACGUGUCAUUCUUAUCUCACAGGUUCAGCCAGGCUCCGAGAAAAAGGCGUUUAUUCGAAGCUACCAGGGUUGGGCUUUGUUUUUGUGUUUCAGGCUUUGUGGAAAGGUGUGUCCCUCCCAGUGCACUGUAUUUUGGGGGUUGAUAGGACCCAGAGUAGUGCAAUUGGUAGGAUAUAUCCGACAGCCCCUACUUGCCAUUGAUAAGGAGUGACUUCUGCAGGAAAUGCCUUUUUUUGAAGGCUUGCGAGCAAGAGUUAACAUUUCAAGGCAGCACCAACAAACAGACUCUUUAAGAGACGUGUGUAGUUGUUUUUGGCAAGAACAUUCACUUCCCUGAUUUACUGACUGUGCCGAGAUGUUGGAUUGUAUGUAACUAAAAAGGAAUUUGGUUUUAUUGCUGUGGAUCUGCAGGUUUAUUUAUAUUUUUUGCUCGAUUCCUCUGUAGUUAUUUUGGUUUUCAGGGCUUCGCUUUGGCAUGUGCCUCAAGUCUUUAUUUUUAGAUUAAAGGCCAAAAUGGAAAACAGAUGUUGCUACUCUAAGUCGUGGCUUCUUCAGGGUUGCAUGGGCUAAGACAACACCUCACUGCUGCUGAUCAGCAUGGAGCAUCAGUUUCUAGCAACAAACUUGGGAUGAAGGAUCACUCUCUGACUGGAAGUCAGGUCAAAGUGGAGCAAUUAUUUGAGGACUCUGGGAACAGAAGGAGUAGCACUCUUCAGACUACGGGAAUUACUAGUUCAGAAAGAUCUCUUCCUUCCCUGACGAAAGAUAAAAGUAUAGAGAGCAUAAGCACUUCUAAAGGUGGUGGUAGUUCCUCAAAAGCACAUAAAGCCAUUUCCCAAGCUCCAGAGCAAGCUGUCAAACAGUACAAACAUCAGUUAUCUGCUUAUGAACAGCAGGAGAUAUUUAAUUUUUCUGAGAUCUACUUUGUGGGUCCAGCUGCAAAAAAGAGGCAAGGGGUAAUCGGUGGUCCCAACAACGGAGGCUAUGAUGAUGAACAAGGCAGCUACAUUCACGUGCCCCACGACCAUCUUGCUUACAGGUAUGAAGUCCUCAAAAUCAUUGGCAAGGGCAGUUUUGGACAAGUUGCUAAAGUCUACGACCACAAACUCCACCAACACUUAGCCUUAAAGAUGGUGCGCAAUGAAAAGAGAUUCCAUCGCCAAGCGGCAGAAGAAAUCCGGAUUCUGGAGCAUCUGAAGAAGCAGGAUAAAACGGGCAGUAUGAAUGUUAUCCACAUGCUGGAAAGCUUCACCUUUCGGAACCACAUCUGUAUGACAUUUGAACUCUUGAGUAUGAACCUGUAUGAGCUGAUUAAAAGAAAUAAGUUUCAGGGCUUCAGUAUUCAACUGGUACGCAAGUUUGCUCACUCUAUCCUGCAGUGUUUGGAUGCCCUUUAUAGAAACAAAAUCAUACACUGUGACUUGAAGCCAGAAAACAUCCUCCUAAAACAGCAGGGGAGGAGUGGAAUCAAGGUUAUAGAUUUUGGGUCCAGCUGUUUCGAGCACCAAAGAGUCUACACAUACAUUCAGUCUCGAUUUUAUCGGGCACCAGAGGUAAUUUUGGGAAGUCGCUAUGGGAUGCCCAUAGAUAUGUGGAGUUUUGGCUGUAUUCUGGUGGAGCUACUGACUGGAUACCCUCUCUUUCCUGGAGAGGAUGAGGGAGACCAACUGGCUUGUAUGAUGGAACUUCUUGGAAUGCCACCUCAGAAGCUUUUGGAUCAAUCCAAGCGAGCCAAGAACUUCAUCAACUCUAAGGGUCAUCCUCGCUACUGCACUGUGACUACACAUGCAGACGGAAGAGUGACCCUUAAUGGGAGUCGAUCACGCCGGGGUAAAGUCCGAGGUGCUCCAGGGAACAAAGACUGGGUGACAGCACUGAAAGGUUGUGAUGAUCCCUUGUUUAUAGAGUUCUUGAAGGAAUGUCUCAGCUGGGAUCCUUCCACACGCAUGACACCGGGUCAAGCUUUAAGGCACCCUUGGAUUUGUAAACGAACGCCCAAACCACCCAGCACUGACAAACCCUCCACUAAGAGGAUUUCCAGCUACACAAGUUCUUUCACAGGAAUAGGUUCCAAGUUGCCUCCUGUAGUUGGAGUAGCCAACAAGCUGAGGGCUAACUUAACCACUGACUCCAGUGGAGCACUGGUGAAAUGCUGGGUGGAGACCUGUAUAAAACAUCAGAAAGAGAGCCAAAGCUCCAGACUUUCCAAGGCUGUUGUUUUAUGGAGAUUCUCGUGUACAUGGCUUUUCUGAGUUCUUUUGUUUUACGAGUGUGAGGUCAAUAAGCUUACUAAGAAUAGUAAAAUAACAGUCUAACCUUUAUCUGUGCAGCUACAAGUAGUACUAGGGUUUAUGGUAUGUUCAUGGCUUACUUCACAAUAAUACAUGACUGGUAUAUUUUUAUUUUGAUGGGUUUAGUGAAGUUUUAUUUGAAUGGCGAAUUGGGGAAGUGAUUUGGGGGGAAGUGGCAGCAGAUACCAUUGAUUUUAGCAGAAUUGCUAAUAGAUGUGGCAUGUUUUCAGAAGCCAGGAACAUUCUUCUUCCUCCUCUGCCCUUUAUCUAUGCAUUUUUUAACAGAAUAUACCUGGUGAGUGAGGAGAAAGAAACCUUUCAGGAGCAAUAGCUUGUUAGGAAAGAUGCAUAGGAAAGCACUUUGUAUAGAGAGCAUAAAGUGAUGGUGGUGUCUGAGCCUGGCAGGAGGCAGUGGAGUGUUGGUGCGCUAGGAGCUGUACAAACAGGUCUUCUCUUAGGAACACAGAGCAGUAUCUUGGUUCUAAACUGUUUUCCUCUCUAAAAUGCCAAAUGGAGAACUAAUCAUUCUCUUGUGGCUUCUGGGAAGUAGUUGCUAGAGGGUAACUUCUAAUGUGGGAGCCUCUGGUGUACACACAGCAAUCUCAAGGUUGGUGCUGUAAAGCUGCAGCUGAAGUAAUUAGCUGGCAAGAACUAAUUCCUUUUUAUCUAGAAAAUGUGUUGAGCAUGACCUGACUGCACAGGGUGCCUGCUAUGAGUUGUGUCUCUGUAAGACUAGAUCUUUCUUCCUGGGAACGACUGCAUUUGAAAAUGAAGAGCAUAGUUAACUGUUUUACUGAUUUGGGGCUCUUGUCUACAUAGCCAUAGUAGGUGAGGAGGUAAAGGAAGCAGCCUCAGCAGUGUGUUACUGUGUUGAAAAGGAUUUCUCCAUCCUUUCUAUAAAUAUUCCAGGGAAUAUUUUGGUCUUGUUUCCAGUAACUAAGCCAUUUCUUUAUGAAAUGGUUGCUUUCAGUGAGUAGACACAGUAUCCCCGCGCUGGGAGAGCCCUCCACGUGAGCUGAUACAUCUCCUAGCUGGGACAGAGCUGAGGAAUCAUCCCUGCAAGCACCUAACUUGUGUUCCCUGUGAAUUAGCACAGUUGCCCACAUCCAUGUGUGGAGGGUUGGACCAUGGCCUGCGUGGUUGGAUGGUGUGGUUUCAAAAGUGAUCUAAAACUAAACCGGUCUCAAUAGAUUACCAGAGCAGCUUUUGGGUUUGGGGUCACUCUCUGCUUUGUGGGUUUGUUAACCUGCCAGCCAUGGUGAGGUUCCACUGGAACUUCAGCUGUGUUCUAGGAAGUCAGCACAAAACAAAUGCACAUUUACUUGGGUUUACAGCAGAACAGCCAUCACGUUUCUGUUUUAAACCUUCUUUACGUUUCCAAUGUUUACCAUGCUGCUGCUGUCUUUGUGUUGUAAAUGAUAUGCUCUGUUUAUUGUCUGCAUUUCCAGCUGUUGGGUUUAGCAGUAUUUUCAUCUAAACAAAUGCCACCUUGAACAUCCCAUCUGACAGAUACACUUUGCUUUUACACUGGGCUCCAAGUAGUUAAUGCCUGUCCACGCAGGGAGCCACUUGGGUUUCGCUGAGCUCGGUGGGACAGGGAAGCCAUUGUCUUCCCUGCAGAGCAUGGUGCUACAGGCACACCCCCCCCCAGGCUGCCUUUAGUUCUUUGCAGGUUUGAUCUUACCAACACCAGCUGCUGAACAUGAAGCUUGUUUUCCAACUGCGACCUGAUCCCAGCGAUCUGUGUACAACAGAUGCUCUUUGCUAGAGUUUUUUAUCCCAUUGUGCAGUGACCUGAGCAUUCACAACAGACUUACUGGAAAGCUUUACAGAAGUUCUUUGCUGUGAGGGUGCUGAGGCGCUGGCACAGGGUGCCCAGAGAAGCUGUGGCUGCCCCAUCCCUGGCAGUGUUCAAGGCCAGGUUGGACACAGGGGCUUGGAGCAAGCUGCUCCAGUGGAAGGGGUCCCUGCCUGUGGCAGGGGUUGGGGCUGGGUGAGCUUUAAGGUCCUUUCCAACCCAGAUUGGUCUGGGAUUCUGUGGCUUUCAUGGAACAGUAUGUUGCUCAGUGUGAAAUUCCUUCCAAUCCUUGUGCCCUGUUGGGACUUUGAUGCAGUUGAAAACUUUUUAAGCAGCAUUUUCUCAGCAGAGGUUCUUUGCAACACCCAUCUGCUUUAAAACUACCUCCAGACUAAACGUGGGGUCCUUUUUAAAGGGGUAUUCACUGCAGAUUACAGCUCUUUCUAUUUUUCCUUGUCUAAUACUAAUAGCUGUUUUGGCUGUGGAACAUACACAUGAUGAUCUCAGCAAUGUCUUACUAAUCCUAGCCCGACAAGCAAACGGCUGAUUCUGCACCCGGCCAUCCCUGCUGCAAUGUUGGCUCCAAAUCCCACAGGCUGCUGUGGAAGUGGAAGCCAAAGUCCUGUGGAUCCCUCUGCAGCCCUUCCCUGCAGCACCCAGCUGAGAUCCAAGCCACACUGUGCAGAAAGCCUUUGCUUCAGUGAGAAAGCCAGGAGUUUUGGCAGUCCUGGGGUAACAGUUGGACUUGAUGGCCUUAAAGGGCUUUUCUAACUUGGUUCUAUGUUGAGCGCCCGGAGCUGUGGGUUCCUGGCAGUUCCGUAAACUGGAUAUCAUGGGUUUAUACUUGGAGCUUCUCACAGAUACCACUUGAUAUUUCUUAUGUUUUAUUUUUAUUGUUAACUUGAUAAGGGUUUGGGGAGGUGCAUACACUUUGUUCCUCCCAUACAAGAGCCCUUCUGCAUUCUCCACUGAUAGAGCUUUUUAACCCCCCUGGAACAGGUAAAACCCUGGGGCCAUCAGAGCAGGCUUGGGUAGGUGAACGCUGUCCCUGCACUGAGGGACUCCACAUGCAGUUCUUGCAGACGGGCUGACUGGCUCAGGAAGUCAGUGUUGCUAAAGACUAACCCGUGCUCCCCAUCCGGAGAACUGUGCCUUAUUAUUUUACCAGCCUACAUCUGUCUCGGUGCAAUCAAAUGACUAUUCAGGGGUUCUUACACAUUGCAGAUGUUCAUACCCAAUGUCGACGUCUGAAGACUUUACAGGUUAGCCUGUUUAUUAUAAGUAUUGUGAUGAGGUGUAAUAUGGUGGGGACUGUAGGAAACAUUUAAGGUGCAUGUGACUAUAACUCUGUGAAGGAACACUUUGGGAAUAAGUCGGUCUCAAGCUAUCGUAUCUCAAUGUAAUGAACAGAUAUUUCCUCAAGUUGUAUUCCGGUUCAUUUUUAAAAGGAAAAUAAAGACAGAAUUUUCUUUAGCAAA